AUGUCAAACAUUUCAAACAAUAUUAAAGAGAAGGCUAUUGUUAACACACCUUCGGAUUACAUUAAUCUUUAUGAUAGAUGCUGGUCUUCAAAUCCUGAUCAACGUCCGACAUUGGAUAAGAUUUUAAUUGAACUUGAGAAGCUACCAUCAAAAAUAGACAUUGAAUUUAUUUUAAAUUACAAGCCAACAAAAGUUCAUCGACUGUUGUUCCCUCCACGCUUACUCAAUUUCCCUGAUCAUGUUAAUGAAUCACCCAGAAAAGAACAUCGUAAUCAGGAUAACAAGCCAAAAAUUAGUCAACCUCCGUUUCCUCCACGUUCACUCAAUCUCUCUGAAAUUGUUAAUGAAACAAUUAGAAAAUAUAAAAAAGGAAAAAUUUCAAGAGCUCCAAACGCAUACCUUUUAUACCACUUUAAUAAGAUUAGUAAUCUUAUACUGUAUAAAAAAUAUUCUGUGGCCACGUUUAAAAAUUCUAAUUCUAAUUCUAAUUCGAGGCAAUUAUCUAAAGAAGCGUGGCAUGCAGAACCGCCCGAAGUAAAAAACGUAUAUAAAGAAUAUGCUAAAUAUAUUAUAAAGGAUGUGAAAAAACAAAUACCGUACUGUUUCGUCAAUAAAAAUGUAAGCCGUAACUCAGAAACCUCGGAUCAUUCCAAAAACAGUAAAAAUUUGAAUCAACAAUUGAAUCAAUCGAAUUCAAGUCAAAUAAAUCACGAAAUAAUUAUAGGCAACCCUUUCAAUUCCCCUUCCAAUCAGUAUGCCAUCAAAACCGAAGAUUCCGAAUUUCUACCCGUGUUCUUUACGAGUAGUAAUCUCGAAGUUCCCGGAAUUCAAUUGGAUCAAAUAAAUCAAUCGAAUCAAAUAAUUCCAAACAACAAAAUUACAGACCCUUUCAAUUCCCCUUCCAAUCAGUAUGCUAUCAAAACCGAAGAUUCCGAAUUUGUAUCUCAGUUCUUUAACGGUCGACCACGUG